UUCCCUUCAGUCGCACUCGACGCAUCGCUGACGCUGCAGCUGUUCGGUGUAUUAUUGUAGCAUCUGCAGUGCAUCGGGACCGGAGUCGGGUCACGCCUAUUUUUUCGCCGCUGCGUAGAAAGGAGCAUCACGAUGGGCCGUCUGGGCUUCAACAUCGGGCGCGAGAAGGAGGCGAGCAAAAACGUGGAGGCCGGGGUCGUCGCGGCCGACCAGCAGAACGCGAAGAACGAGUACGUGGAGAUCGGCGAGCUCGUUCUCGCCAUCGAGGAGGGAAACCGGAGGACCACCAAAUGGCGUCGUCUGUCAGGAGUACUGAGCGCAGUGAUAAUACUCUUGUCCGCCUACAUUUUCCUUGCACAGUCAAGAGUUUUCUGCAAUGACCAAGCAGCCACUGUGGAAGCUCAAGACUUGCUAUGGUACUCUUCGCAGAUGCAGGCUCUCAAAGGAGAAAAUGAUGAACUUCGAACCCAAAACCAAGAAAAAGUGAGGAACUGCAGCGCAGAGGAGUCCGAACGAAUCCGUCAUCUAGAGGAAAUGAUCGAUACCCAGCGUGCGAUGUACUUCUCCAGCCGCUUCAAGUUCCAUGGCCGCCUCGAAGCCAUGUCCUCGAACUUCGAAGCCCUAGAGAAAAAGCACAAGGACCUGGAAAAGCAGUACCAAGAGUCCCAGGAGGAACUCAAGGCCGAGCUGAGGAAGCUGGGCGACGAGCGUGCCGAGCUCGAGCGCAAACUCACCGAGGCAAACCGCACACUUGAGCGCCAGACCAGACAGCCCAAGGCUAGCCCUACUCUUGCACCGCCGCCGACGACGACGACAACGACGACGACGACUAUGAAAGCCAAGCCGAAGACCACGGAGGCUCCUGGGUACAUCAAGAAACUCAACAACCUCGUCAAGGACAUCGAGAGUGGUGCAGCUAUUUUCAACUUUCAGGAAUUCAUGAAGAAGACCGAAGACGUUUUUCGUUUCUAAUCAGCGUGUGAAAAAAAAAAAAACGUUAAAAAAAUUAUUUCCUUAUAUUACUCACGUCAAUUGUACGAAAUAAUGUAAGACAAUGACGAGUUCCGUAAGCAAACAGAUGUAAAUGAUGAUGUGACUCACCGGUAAAACGGCAAACUCGAAGAGCAUGCAUUCGUGUUUUUUAAUAUUUAUAGUUGGCGUGGAAACAAGAGUAACAUAAAUGAGUCGCAUUUUAAUCGUGAACGAAGAGAAAGUACACGUACAAGUAUUAUCAAUAAUUUAUCUGAGGGCAACGAGAUUAGUUGUCCAGCCUGUUUUAGUUUUGUUUGAUUUAAACGACAACAAUGCAUGUUUCAUAUGAUUUUAAAGUAAUCGAAUUUAGAUCUAAACAUUUUGAUUAUUUGAAUGUGUAUGUAUGCUGUAGAGUUAAGAAGUUUUAUUAAGACAAUAGAAUUUAUUUAAAAUAUAUUUUUUAUAUGAUUUAAGUGUAAACAGAAAAUAGCAAUGAUUCCAGAAGCAAUAGUCAAAUACAUAUUUUAUGGAAAAAAUA